AGUUCACAUUCAACUUUAGUAUUCUCCAUCUAUUAUGUGUUGCGCAGCAUGUGAACACUCUCACUUGUCAAACUUUCGUAUUAUUUGUUGCAAUUGAAAUUUGCUUGUUUUAUUGUUUAUUUCAAAUAAUUCAUGGUUGAUUGAAUAAUCCCGUAGAAGCACCGAAUUGAAAAAAAAAACUAGACUUCAACUCACAGCAAUUCAGAAUGGUGGACAAUGUGCAGCAUAUUAUUUUGGUAAAAUCAGUAAAAGGCGGCGUCGGAAAAUCUACAGUUAGCACUCAAUUGGCCUUAUCACUAUGGGAUUCCGGUUAUCGUGUCGGAAUUUUAGAUACUGAUAUUUGCGGUCCGAGCAUUCCAUACUUACUGAAUGUGGAAAAUAACAGCGUGUAUCAAAGUGAAUCCGGAAAAUGGGUACCGAUUUUUAAAGGCGACGACAAACGUCUGGCAAUUAUGUCAAUUGGAUUUUUAUUGAAUUCCAGAGAUGAUCCGAUUAUUUGGCGUGGACCAAAGAAAACAUCGAUGAUACGACAAUUUAUCAAUGACAUUGAAUGGGGUGAAUUAGAUUAUUUAGUUGUUGACACACCACCUGGCACAUCCGAUGAGCAUAUCACCAUUAUGGAAUGUAUGAAUGAAAUCGCCGGCAAAUGUGACGGUGCUGUGAUUGUUACUACGCCACAAGAGGUCUCAUUGGAAGAUGUUCGCAAAGAGAUUACAUUUUGUAACAAGACCAAAAUAAAUAUUCUCGGCAUCAUUGAGAAUAUGAACGGUUUUACAUGUCCAAAUUGUGCCGAAUGCACGCCAAUAUUUUCAUCCGAUGGUGGAAAAGCUCUUGCCGAUUAUGCACAUAUUCCAAUUUGGGGUUCGCUUCCGAUUGAUCCACGUGUAGCCGUUCUAUCGCGAAGUUCACAAUCGGUGCUCAGUGGUUUGCCAAAUUCAACAUUUGCCGAUGUGUUUAAUGACAUCGUCCAAAAUAAAAUAGUCAAAGCUUAAAUUCGUGAUUUUAAACUGAGAUUUAAAGUUGUUGAAAACAUAAAUAAAAAAAAUAUGAAAAACAAUGCA